AUGCUCUCGGCCUCUCGCCCUCCUUCAUCUAACCCCAAUCGCCUCGAUAUGAGAGGUCGUGCGCCACUGCAAGUGCCCUCCGGGGUUCAAAAUGGUCAUUCCCGCAAUCCCUCGAGUCUCGACAUGGCUCGCAGUCCGCCUAAUCCGAGCAAUAAGAAUACCAAACAUGUUCCUUGCAAAUUCUUUCGUCAAGGUGCCUGUCAGGCAGGCCCCGCUUGUCCAUUCCUGCACUCCACCGACUCGGCCAUCGAUUAUGCUCCCUGCAAAUACUUUUCCAAGGGAAACUGCAAGUUUGGCGCCAAAUGUGCUUUAGCACACAUUCUACCGGACGGACGGCGGGUGAAUCGACCAACUGGUGGUGGGACUGGAGGAGGAGCUGGUAUGGGAAUUGGAGGUAGCCACCUUAACUUGGGUGGUCGGGUUAACCCGCAGGCGUAUGUGAACCAAGACUCGGCCUUAACGAACUCGGUCCUUUCGCAACAACGUAUGAAUGGCCAUGAAACGCGAUAUGCCCCUCAGCCAGAAGACUUCCCCACCGUGCAUGGACAGCAAGUCCCGCCAUAUGAUUCGAUUCCAACAAUCGACGCAGGAUUGGCCUCCGAUGCCGGGUCCAAGUAUGGUUCUCCGGUAGAGGAUGCCCGCUUCCCCAUGUCACCCAAUCACCAACAUCUGACUGCUCUCGAUGCCGCGCUCCCUGCCUCAUUCGAUAGUCAAGGUAUUUCUCAUGUGGCUCGAUAUGGCCCAGUGGCUGCUUCAAUGCCCUCAAAGUUUGGUCUGGAAUUGUCCCCACCCGCGCAGAGGCCGGGGCCCUCAGAUGCCUUCAGAAACCUGCGUGACAUCGGCUUUAGCUCUGACCGUCGCAAGCCGUUCUCCAACAUUGGAUCUUCACCGCCGGCGCCUGAGGAUACCGUCGGACCUCGAUUCCUACACUCAUCACGCCCUGUCAAGCCACGUAUGCUGUCCGCAAGCGUCCCUCGGCCUACUGCGCUUGAUGAUUGGGAUGAAAAUUUCCCUAUGGAAGAAGACUACCUACCGAUGAACCUGCACGAUGAUGUUCUCACCCCGCAGGAAAAGUUGCGCCGACUGUCCCGGACGGAUCAUGAUAUCAGUGGUCUAGGCAUGAGCAGCAGCUUUUCCAAGAAUGGCUCGCCUCUCGCGUCAAGCCCGUCCAGGUUUGGGGCAUUGUUUGCGAAGCAGCGUCAAAAGAAAGAUGAUGAUGGCGUUGCCUCUUCGUUCUCUCACAUCGGCUCUCCUCUCCGUGAAUCUGCGUUGAACCCUGCUGCUAGCCCCAGUCUAGGCCCCAUCGGCAGUCGAGCCUCCCAUGAUGGAUCGCCAUUUGUCUCUAGUCCCGGAAGACAGUCAUCCAUGUCUAUGAUUUCCGAGCAGCUCAGCGGAAUGUCCCUUCACCCAGGUUCUGCUCGACACUCUUCCAUGGCCCCAGGCCGCCUCGACCGCACCAUCUCCUCAGGUACCACCAGUAAGAUCGAAGAGGAAGAGGAACAGAACGACCUUGUCUUCUCCAUGGAAGAGGAAGAAGGCAAUAAGCGUAGCAGCUCUUCCUGGAACUCCGACGAGACCAAAGAGAGCUCCAACGACGCCUAA